AUGGUGUUUUUCCUUCUAAUUUAUCAGGUACCAACAACAGAGACAAGAGCAAGAGAUGAUGAUAAAACUAUUCCAAAGGUUGUCGCCGCUGUGGACAAACACCACACGGAUACUUUAGAAGACAAGUUAGACUCGACAGACAAGCAUUUCCAGGCAAAAGACGAAGAUACUGAAAGAAUUAAAACAAGUCUUUCCGUUUCAAAAGAUGAGUGCGCAAAAGAUGACAACCGUCUGUCUCAGAAAUAUGGAGCAGAAAAAGUUGCGAGUUUGGAGGAAGUUAACGGUUCAAGCAGUUACCAAAAAGAAAAAGAAAUGGAAGAGAAGAAAAAAGAUAUUUAUGUGUCAAGUGUUGACAGAAGUAAAGAUUUGAUUGAAGGAAAAGAAAUAAUAAAGCCAAAAGACCGUUCGGUAGAAGGGGAUAUAGCUAAACUGAGGAAGGAUGACAUCGAUAAAGUUAGGCAUUUCACUGAAGCAGACGAUAAAAAAGUAGACGAUAAAAUAACGAAACAUGCAGAUGACAAAGAAAAUAUCUGUGAAACCCGUUCGAGAGAGCAAACUACCGGCCUUAAUGAGAGAAUUAGUGUAGUGAAACCAGUGGCGAUUGAAAUAAAGAAAGAUUACGUUAAUGAAGACAUUGGUCGUUCUCGAAAUGACGUCAGCACCAGUGAAAGCAAUAAUAACAAGUUUUAUUUGGUAGCAGAUGAGAAAAUAUCUGUGAUUAAAACAGGUGAUAAGAUAGAGAAAACAAUACACUCAACAGAUGUCGUCCGUUUAGAACCUAUUCAGAGAUUUUCUGCAAAUGAAAACACCUGUUCGUUAGAAUUUGGUCAAAGUGUACAGCUUCUAACAAUGCCUGCUCCGUUGAUCAGAAAAGAAGUUUCGAAGAAAGGGGACUCUGGUGAUACCAACACAACUAGUUCUCAAGUUGAAGUCGGUAAAUGUAUCAAAAUUGUGAAAAGGUCAGCUUUCGAUCAGAAGCCAACCGAACAUUUAGAAAAACAACAUAAAGAAAAAGAGAAGACAACAGACAAACCUCCAGUCGAUACAGGCAAAGAUUUAGCAAAAAUGAAUUCUUCCAAAUCGACUGAAAAGGCCGAAGUAGAAAAAUACGAAUCAAAGAAGGAUGCAACUUCUGCUGAAUUGAGUAACAAUCUCUUUAAAACUGACAAGACGAGCUCGAUAAAAGGAAAUAUAGAUCUUCCUAAAGUAGAACUUCACGAAACUAAGAUGGAUGUUCGCCAAAAAGAAGACAUCCUUCCAUCUAAGAUAGACGAACAUGACAUAAAAGAAAAGAAACAAUCAACAAAAGUUGAUCUUGCCCUGUCUAAGGAAGAUAUUUUCGAAACUAAAACAAGAACUCAGAAAAAGGAAGGCGACAUUCUUGAAGGUAAGAAAGAGCGCGGUGAGUUAGGGGACAUUUAUGAAACAAAACACAUACUUCCAAAGGAUGAAGACAAUUUACUCUCUGAAAAAGACAAUUAUGAGAAAAAGAAAGAUGAGUAUUCGACAAGCAAGGAUAGCAGUAUACAUAUAGUAGAGAGCAAUGAAUCAAAAAAGGAUAGAUUUUCUAUAAAUGAGGGCAGUUCCAUCAAAUAUAAACACUUGGAAGUAGGAGAAAUGCAUCACUUUAAGGUAGACAGCAAUAAAUCCAACAAAAAUCAAUUUGCAAGUGUUGGUGACAUUCUUCAGAGUGAAGUAGACAUCUCCGAAAAGAAAAAGCAGAAACAUUCUUCUGACGAAGCUGUCUAUCUAUCCAAUGACAAACACUUGAUAGAUGAGAAAACUCAGCCCCCUAAAGGUGAGAGUCCUGGCACAAAGGAGGAAGAACAUCCAAAGGAACAGGAACAGGACAGACUCCCGUCUAAUUUGAACAAUUUUAGCAUGAAAGUCGAGGAGCAUUUUGAAAACAAAGACAUUCUUCUAUCUAAAGCAGACAUCUACGAAACUAAGCACGUUUGCUCUGAAUCAAUGGCGAAUAAGGAUGCCAAAAAGGAGGAUACUUCUCUGUCUAUAACGAAAAAAGAUAAACCAUCCGCAGGAAAGGACAAUACCGAAACAAAGGAGUUAGAGCGUCUUGAAUCUAAGGUAGACAUUCUUGAAACAAAGAAAAUUGAGCAUCCAACAGAUGAGGAGAGUUGUCUGUCAAAAGGCGGCAAAGAUAAACUCUCAACAAACAAAGACACUCACCUGUCAAAGGUAGAUAGUAAUGAAACUGUAAAAGAUUGCAGCAGUAUCUCUAAGCAAAAAACAUCUGAAGAAAAUAAAUCUAAACCUGUGGACAGGUGUGAGACAGAGGACGGUUCUAGCGAAAACAAAAAUAAGAUUUCUACUGACAUAGACAGAAUUGACAUAUAUGAAACAAAGCAUCAUAUACUUGAAGAUAGUCUUUCCUCUGCAGUAGGCACUUGCGUAACGAUUAAAGAUAAACAAUUCCAAAAUAAGGAAUGUCUCAGCUUUGAAAUAAAGGAAAGUGAGAUAAUCACAAAGGAGAGCAUUCGUCCAGCUAAGAAAGACACAGCUGAAGAGAAGAGGCCUACAGACAGAGACAGUCGUCUCAUUCGUCCAGCUAAGAAAGACACAGCUGAAGAGAAGAGGCCUACAGACAGAGACAGUCGUCUGUAUAAAGGAGACAGCUUUGAUAUAAAGGAAAGUGAAAUAAUUACAAAAGAAAGCAUUCAGCCAGCCAAGAAAGACACAGCUGAAGAGAAGAGGCCUACAGAGAGAGACACUCGUCCGUAUAAAGGAGACAGCUUUGAUAUAAAUGAAAGUGAAAUAAUCACAAAAGACGGCAUUCAGCCAGCCAAGAAAGACACAGCUGAAGAGAAGAGGCCUACAGACAGAGACAGUCGUCUGUAUAAAGGGGACAGCUUUGAAAUAAAGGAAAGUGAGAUAAUCACAAAAGAGGGCAUUCGUCCACCUAAGAAAGACACAGGUGUAGAGAAUAGGCCUACAGAGGGGGACAGUCGCCUAUCUAAAUUGUACAAUGCUGAAGUAAAGGAAGACAACAGGCCUGCUGAUUCUUAUAAAUUAGGUGACAAUAAAUCGGUAAAAGAUGAAAGUCGUGAUAUCUGUGUGAGUAAAUCUUCGUCCAAUGAUGACAGCAUGGAAAGAGAAAUAAAACAGAUAAGAAAUUCGUCAAGAGAGAAUACACUUAGCACUACUACGAGAGAUAAUAAUUCAGUCCUGAGGGAUAGUGCUCUAAGAAAGGUAGACAGUUAUGAGACAUUGUUGUUUCCGCAAGAAAUUGAUGACAAUAAAUUUGUAAAUGAAACCGGUAGGAAUGAAUUGAAGAAAGAUAAAUAUCCGACAGUCGAAGAUAUUUAUAUUUCUGGAGUGAACAGGCACGAAACUAUGAUAGAUAAUUGUCCAACGGAUGUAGACAGUUAUCUAUCAGAAAUCACUUCCUUUACAGACAAACAAGGCCAUGCGGUUAAGAGUGGACCUAUGACCUCGUCUGUAAUAGACAGCUUUGAAAUAAAGCCUUCUAAAAAGGAAGAAGUUUCACCAUCUGACGUGGACAGAUUUGAAACUAGUACGCAUGCUCAGCUAUCAACUGAAGGAAGUCGCAUUUUUAGGGUUAGCAGUUAUGAGCCGGGCGCUGAAUUAGAAUGGGUUUCUGUUGAUGAUAAUAUCUCCUAUGAAACAACGAACGACAAAACUUCAGGAUAUGAGGAAAUUUAUGCAUCAAAAGAAGAUAGGAAGGAAACAAAUCUAGAAGACGACUUUUUCUCUCAGAUGGAAGGCCAUGGUUUAAAUAAAGACACUUUGAGACGAACUGAAGAAGACUUUUAUCUACGAAGAGGAAGGAAUGUCUGUACCAAGAGCAAAGUAUAUGACAUUGAGGAGAACAGAGAACCAUAUCAAAUAAAUGACACAGAGGAUAGUCUGGAAGACAUAGUUAAGAUCCAAAGUGACCAGGUAGAAGACAGCAGAUACGAAAGACCUCUUACUGACGAUGAACAUCAAAUUCAUUACAAGAGGGAAGCUGUUACAUUCGAGAACUACAAGAGUAUUACAAGCGACAUUGAAGAGAUGAACUUUGAAGAUGCUCUUGAAGGCUGGGAGGAAUUCGCUCAAUCGAUACGAAUGCGAAGGGCAAAAAUUGUCAACCUUGAUGACGAAGACAAUGAAUUUAACAAUAGUGAUGAGGUGAAAUUCGAAGAUGCUGUUGACAGCGUUGACCAAUCCAAAGGCUCCAUGCAGCUUGUCAAACGGGAAACCAGUGAAGAGGAAAAGAAAAAGAAAAACCGACUCACAGACCUUCUGAAUAUUAUCAACAAAGGUGGUUUUGCUAAAUGCUAUGAAGUCUCUGAAGUUGGAAAACCUCAUGAAGUAUUUGCGUGUAAGAUUGUCCCCAAGGCAAUCUUACUCAAAAGUCAACAACGUGAGAAGAUGUUCCAGGAAAUUAGCAUCCAUCGUUCUCUCUCUCACAAAAAUGUUGUACGCUUCGUGAAUUUCUUUGAAGAUGACCACUUCAUUUACAUCAUCUUAGAAUUGUGUCGGUGCCGUUCAUUGAUGGAGAUGCACAAACGGCGAAGGGCAAUUACUGAACCAGAGACACAGUUUUUUGUCAAACAGAUCGUUGAAGCAUGUCAGUACCUUCAUGCAAACAAAGUUAUCCACCGAGACUUGAAGCUUGGCAACCUCUUUUUAAGUGAUGACCUUGAUGUCAAAAUUGGAGACUUUGGUCUUGCAACAGUCCUUGACUUUGAGGGCCAACGUAAAAAGACUCUGUGUGGAACACCAAAUUACAUUGCUCCAGAGGUUUUAUCCAAGAAAGGUCAUAGUUUUGAGGUUGACGUUUGGUCUUUGGGAUGCAUCGUGUACACAUUACUGGUGGGUAAGCCUCCAUUUGAGACUUCUUCUCUGAAGGAUACUUACAGCAAGAUCAAGAAGAAUGAUUAUGAUAUCCCUGGUCAUGUGAGUCCAAAAGCUCGUAACCUAAUCCAGAAGCUACUCGAAGCUGAACCACAUAAUCGACCAAGCAUGGAUCAGAUAAUGGCAUUUGAGUUCUUCAAGGAACCCAUUCCAAAACGCCUGCCUACCAGUUGUCUUUCCAUCAAGCCUCGUCUUGAUAUCAAUCGCAUUACCAGGCCUGUCUAUGAAAAUCCUACAGAAACUGGAGUACGCAGUGGUGGUGUUGUUACUGGUGGGGGUUCAAAUGAGAAAGAAAAUGUUGGGAUCAAAAAUGAGCAGCCUCAAGUGCGACAGAAUCAGGAUGAAAGUUCUGGUGUGCACUUGAAUUUGUUGUCCAAAAUGCUUGGAGUUGUGAUAAACCUAAAGAACAAUGAUAGAGAGUUUUUGGAAGAGGAGUUUGAAGACCCUGCGGCCAUUCCACUGUAUUGGAUAAGUAAGUGGGUAGACUACAGUGAUAAAUACGGCAUUGGUUACAUGCUGUGUGACAACAGCUUUGGUGUGUUAUUCAAUGAUUCCACACGUUUGAUCAUUAUGGCAAAUGAAGAAUACAUGGAAUAUAUUGAUAGAAAUAAUGUAGAGUCCUACUUCAGCAUGACUGAUUACCCAGAAGAACACAAAAAGAAAGUGAUACUUUUGAAAUACUUCCGCAGUUAUAUGAGUGAACAUUUGCUCAAGGCUGGUGCUGGUAUAAGAUCACAUGAUACUGAUAAGUACAGCCGAUUGCCAUUCUUGAAAUCUUGGUUCCGAACUAAAAGUGCCAUCAACCUUUACCUUAGCAAUGGCACUGUUCAGAUCAAUUUCUUUGAGGACCACACCAAAAUCAUCCUCUGUCCAGUGAUGGGAGCAGUUACAUAUAUUGACGAAAAGCGAAACUGUAAAACAUACCGAUUCCUCACUCUUAAAGAGAAUGGCAUCACCAAAGAUCUGUUUGAGCGAUUAUAUUAUGCCAAAACUAUAGUUGACCGUUUCAUUAGUAGGAAUCUACCACUGCGCCCAAAGUCAAAGAAUGUCAAAUAAGCUUGUUGUAAAUCAUCAAAUAAUGGACUAAUAAUCAUUUGGUGUGGUGGAGACACUGGCACCGGGAAACUCAAGGAGGAUCUUCUAUUGCCUCUUGACCUCAGGGUUUCAAGCAAUUCUUGAAAUUGCCAGACAAUGUAAAAUGAAAUUAACAGAAACCCUUCAGUUUCUCACUGCUUUGACUUCAAGACACACACACACACACCUCAUAUAUAUGUGUGUGUGUGUGUAUUUGAGAUCUAUACAUAAUAUCUAAAAUGGUGUGGUUUAAAGUGUUACUGUUUCAGUAGUAACGCAUUUUGUAUACACACACACACACACACACAAACAAUCACAAAUAUAUUCUCACACUUUACUCACCCCUCCCCAACUCUUCAAACUCAAUAUUUAAGCCUUUAGCCCUUUCUUUUUUGUCUCUAUUGCUGAAAAUGUGCUCCUUACCUGUGUCUGGUGACUGUCGGUCAUGUGUGUGUGUUUCUAUCCACUUUCUUUCCUUAUCCAGCCUUUUUUUUUUUUUCUUUCAUUCUUUUAUCAAUUUAAUAUCUUCUGUCAAUGUUGCUAUAAUUGGUGAAGGCCAAUUUCUUUGAAAUCCCAGAAGCGGGCCAGAAUUAAAACAGGAUCAAACUAUAACUGGUAUUUUAAAGAAAUCAAUAAAUGAGAAACCUUCACUUCUUUUACAACAUAAAUUUUUAGGGGCAAAUUGCCAAAAAAGAUAGAUAUGUAUAUACUGACUUUUUUUUUUCUUGUUAUUAAUUUUUAACAUUGCUUGGGACUGUUGUUUAAUGAAGUUCUCCAUUGUUAUGCUGUGCAACAUUUAGGUCUACUGAUAGUUGCUGUGCUUCGUUCUGCUUGAUAUUUUUCUCUUCUAUUGAGAAAUGUCUUGCUACAUUCAUCUAUAUUUUUGCUGCAUCUUCCUUCACUUCGUCUUAUAUAUACACACACACAGAGACACACACAUACAUGUGUGUGUUUUUGUGUGCAUGUAUGUAAUUACAUAUACACACGCACACACAAUAUCAGUGAUUCUGGACCACUCAAGGACAGGAAUUCAGGCCUAGACUUGAUGUCUACGUGUCCACCUUCUGCAAAACUCUUUCACAAUUUCAUGACAUUUACGGGAGUUUGGGGGUGGGAUCGGGGUCAGAAUAGGUCUUGAUAUCUUAAUGUAGGGACAAUGUACAUAUGAACUCUACUUAAACUCAACCAAAUUCUUGGACUGACUCCAAAAUAGGUUGUAUUUAAUUUCUCUUCCUGUUGUGAUUUUAGAAAAUGGAUUCUCUCUCUUUUUCUUCUUCCUUUCAACCUUUUAACUUCUGUAAACAUUUUCUUAACCCAUUUGUAAGUAAACAGGUUUUUUUUUUUUUAAUGUUUCCAAUAAAGACUUACACAUCUGACCUUAA